CACUGGUGAAAAGGAUAUUGGAUUCUGAAUGUGAGAUGAGCAGCAUCUUGUAACACUGACGCUACUUUUUUACAUGCAGGUGUGGAGUCUGGAGCGUAUUCCACUACCGAACUUUUCGACAUAUGUUGUCUAUACAACAGUGUCACUGUUGGGAUCAGUUUUGCGUGUGUGCUAUCAAGUAACCAAGAAUGCAGAUUCCAGUGCCUUUAUUAAUUCUACUACACCUAAUUCUUCCACUAAUGCUCUUAACAGCUGUCUUGAGGACAGCUGGUGCUUUUGGAGUGUCAUAAACUUCGGGUACUGCUUAUUGAUAUGCGUUGCAAGAGAGCUGCAAAAUAUGUUCUUCGGCCAACUCAGAAGUGCAGAAGAUUCUCACAUCAGAGAGAACUUCUCUAGUUUUAUUUUCUAUAAAGUGGUUUUUAUUUAUGGUAUACUGCAUGUAGAAGCGCUUCACGAACUUUUACUUUGGGCCACUUGGUUUUCCAUUCUUGGUUUUUUACGUCUUCUCACUGGUCUAAUCAGGGAUCGUUCGCAAUAUAUUCUCCGCUGUUCCGACUCUUCCUUCACAUAUCAGGGUAGAAUCUUCCUGCUAUGUUGUUUACUUUUACUUCUCAGUAAUUUUUUAAUGGUUGUGUCUAUUAUUGUGGGUGCGAAGCAUUCACUUCACACGAUGUUCUUCAUGCUUGCCGAAGUAUUUCAGUUAAUGAUAGUCACAGUACAUGUAAUCACAUGGUAUGUGGUUUACGUAUACUGUGAACUUGCUUCUCGACCAAGUAAUGGAGAUAAGUUAUACCACCGAUUUGUUAUUCUGUACUACACGGAGCUUCUCUACGAUUCAGUCGCUGACUUUGGUGAUUUGUUACACAAUCUGCACAUGUUAUUUUGGAAUAAACUUCAAAUUAAUAUGUCCAGUAUAAUAAUCGCUCUACACCUUCAGCAUUUGUAUUAUAAAAUGUCAAAACGAAUUGUGCAUCACAGGCGCUAUAGGACUGUAUUACGAGUUUUGGACUCAAGGAUUAUUCAUUUGGAAUCCAAAGAAAAUUGUUCUAUUUGCUGGGAGGAAAUGAAUAAAUCCUGCCAACUUCCUUGUGGUCAUAUUUUCCAUACUGCCUGUUUAUACUUGUGGAUUGAACAGAACACUAACUGUCCUAUAUGUAGGAAGUGCUUUGAUGAUUUGGGCGAUCCUCAGGUAAAUACAUUAUCAACCAAUACGAUGUCUGCAGCACCUUUUACUUCCUCUUCCACUACUGCAUCCUCUGAUAACGCAGAGAGUUUCAAUAUUGGAUCUAGUUUCUGUCCUUUCUCACCUUCAACUGGUCAGGGGGAUGUGCAAAGCGAGGAUAUCCGUAUAACGACAAAGUUACGCGAAAAAAGUACUCGGAUUUCCAAGCCUUCUGACUUUCGCGAUCAAAUUGUUUCAGAUUCACUCCUUUCAACGAAUGCAUUUGUGUCAUCUGACGAGCCAUAUUUCUCAGCGAUGGUGAGUAUGGAUCGACUUUUAGAUGUACAUGAUCAAUUAAUUGCCGAAGACGUUGCAAAUGUCCGAUCUCGUCCAAAGAAUGCAUUGCCCGCUAAAUUCCUAGCUGCACUAGAAGCAGAAUUGCUACGUCAUUUUCGUUUACCUGAUAAUUUAAAUAAUUCUCAGUUGAAAUCAUUCAGAUGUCAACAGCUGAAUAGGUCACUAAUUGUUCAACGUGAUCAUAUACCUUCUGACAAUUAUCAUGUCCAAAAAAUAGACUCAUCUGUUUCUGAUCAAAGUCCACUCAUUUCAUCAACGGAUAAUAAUUUAUCCUCUACAAUAUACUCUUCUCAAAGUUCAUCAUCAGAUUCAUCGCAUACUGAUGAUGAAGACAAUGAAUUUCCUCCCAAACGUGUCUUACGAUUGGCAAUAAGACGAUUGCUAGAGAGAGUGAGUCAAUCUGUAUUGGUAUCUCGAAAAGCGUGUCAGUGUCAACUAGUUCGGCUACAUUCUGAUGUUUCCAAUCUGUGCAAAUCGAUAGAAGCUAUCUCGACGGCCAACGAUAUCACUAGUCAAAAUUCAUCUCUUUCACCUUCAUCAUCGUCAUCAUACUCGCCUAAUCUUCCUCUUCCCGUCCAAGGUUUUGAGCGUAAGAGAUCAUCCAUUUCAAAGUUAAAUGAAGUUGUGUAUCCACAGCAUAUGUCAUCAGCAGAAUGGCAUCAGUGCAGUUCAAAUUCAGACUUUGAUUCUCAUUGUCCAUCAGAUGGAGAGCCACCUGUUGAAGACAAUUGUUGUAAACGUAAUUCGUGUACAGAAUCAUGCUACUUCGACUCUGUCAAUCGUUUUCAUCACAGAAGUGGACAACGCAAGGAGUCUCUAGUACCUCGUGGGGAACACUCUAGACGUUCAGCGCGGCGCUGUUAUUUAAAGCGAACAAAACAGAUAUAAAUCACCCUUCAUCUUUCUGCACAUUUCUACUGAAACCUAAUUUUAUUUGCAUAAUUAUAAUUUACAUUUGCUGAGUGUUUUUCUCUUUGUAUAAUAUAUUUUCAACAUGGUACUUUCUUUUUUAUUUCCAUAUUUUGCUAAAUUCUACAGUCUUUUUCCUUGGUUUUGUACUGUGUACGUCAACGUUUGUAGCCACAUUCAGUUUAAUAAACUUUGCCCAAAUCUCUCACUUCGCAGCUCUUUCUCACUAACUGAUAACUAAAUACUCACUGUCAGAUAGUAGUCAUUGAUGUUCCCAGAUUCUAAGGGCUUUUCUCUUCAAAAGAUCCGUUUAUGGCUGUGUUUAUUUUACUUUCUUAUUGUGUUUCUUUUCUCUUGCAUCAUUGCAAAUUGUUAAUGUACUGAGUAUGAGUGCAUGCGCAUUUUUCAGUAUUUCUGUGUUUCUGUCUCUGCUUUUUGCUGAUAUUCAUUCUAAAACGAUUUAUUGGUAUUAUUUUUAAGAAUAGUUCUUCUUUAGGUUGACUGAUUUAUUUGUUACUGAUUUGUUUUCAAUAAGAUUUCUACUUUGAUAUUGACUAAUGCACUAGUGUUCUUGGUUUUAACGGGUUCCUUUCCUAAUUGACAGAAGUGUGUGUGUGUGUGUGUAUGCAUCCAAUGAGGAGUCGUAUUGUUUUCCUAUUUUGAAUCACUCACCUAACUAUCAUAACAGUGUUUUUCUUCGUAAUAACAGAUUUUUCGUCAGAAAUAUAUUCAAGCAU